CCGCCCGCCAUAGCCCGCCCGCCCGCCUGCCAAUGCUGCAGACACCAGUGCAGACCGCUCGCGCCGAAGGAUAAGAACUGCUUGCUGCCUACCUCUGCGUGCUCGCCCCAUCGAUCUCUUUCUUUUCCUCUCUUUGUUCUGCGCCGGCAGGACUUUUACACAAGUGCGUGCUGGUGAACUGACAUUCGAUAGACCAUGAGGCGCCGCGUCGCCGUGCUGGUGCCAAAAUCGCCGCUUUGGCUCCUCUUGUUACUCGCCGCCGUCGCUUUCGGCGCCAAAUCGUCCCCCGACAAACCACCCUCCUUCGUCUACCCCACGAGGAGUACGACGUCGACCACCACCCCCGCGCCCUUCAACGGCACCUUGCCGGAAAAGCCCCGUCCUGGAUCCAGAAAUAGGGAGCAGUACCUGUUCAACGUCUUUGAAGUGAUCGUGUCCACCCUAGAGUCAAAACUUCAGAGGAUAGAAAAUCUGGAUAAGGCCGUGGAGCACCUGAUGCGCCGAGUGGAAAACCUUGACAACAGAGUAACAGACAACUUGGACAAGACAGACUCUGUGAUCCAGAAACUCCGCUCUUUGGAUCUGCGUCUCUUCCAGGGAGGUCUUCGCAGCUCAAACAGUGCGGAGAGUACCCUGAGAGGGCCCAACACCAAGGAUGCCGUCGAGUCGCUGGACAUGAGGUUGGUGUCGCUCAACAAGAAGGUGUCCGACAUAGAUACCAAAUUGAACGGCCUCAAGAAUCAGCUUGACUCCAACUUCUUGCCUGCCGACGACAUCAACGCAGAGGCCAGCGAGAAGAAGACAAUGAGCAUUGACAUUUCCAAGGCCAUCAACACCGAGGUCAUGCAACACAUCUCACGGGAGUUUGACGGCCUCAAGAACACGGCCAGCAGUGUCGAGCGCAAGUUGCAGGUGCACAUGACCACAGUCCACGACCAGAUGAACCGGGCCCUCCUUAUGAUUGGCGAAAUCAGGGAAGCAGUGGUUGAACCUGAAUCCAAGAACGCCACCCUCCUGAGGAACAGCAAGCUGGAUAAACUGUCUCGCCAGAUGUCACCUAUUCUCGGAGUAUCCGAGAAGAUGGAUGAAGUUUGGGACAUGGUUGUCGGCACCAAGAGCUCCGUUGACGGUCUGGUUCCCAAAUCAGACGAACUUCUGACCCAGACGCAACGCCAGGAACGUGCCAUCAAUGACAUCCACGCAGAUUUGCGCGUCAAGACUAACAAGAUAAUUCAGAAUUUAGAUAUGGUUGAGCAGAGGCUGAAGAAGCAGGAGGAUAUGGUUCAACGACCUGUACCCGCCGAUUUGCUCCUCGACCCAACCAUUGACCGGCUUGUUGAGUACGACCCUGCCAGGUACACCGUGGAAGGCGCCCUUCCAGCACCGGAUGAGAUUGUGCAGUUGUCUCCCCUGACCACGACUCCAGUGCCCACGUCAGCGACCCCAACGACCCCCGGCGUGCCAUCAACGAGCGGCCUUCCUGUAGUGCAGGUGACGGCCGCCUCGAGCAGCUUAAACAGAGUCGGCCCUUCGAGGAACAGAAUUAUCUUCCCCAGUGUCAAGAACAAGCCGUCCCCUGCUAACACUACAUUCACUUCCGAAGUGAUUGCCAACAUCAAAGACGUUAAAGGAUACUCUUGCGUGGACCUGAUGAACGCCGGCAUGAGGGACUCGGCGGUGUAUUACUUGCAAAUCCGAGGAACAACCUAUUGGUACCUGAAGGUGUACUGCGAACAAGAGGUCGCCGACGGCGGAUGGACAGUCAUCCAACGACGCGACGAUUUCGGCGAACCGCGAGAAAACUUCAACCGAGACUGGAGCGACUACAAAAACGGAUUCGGCGACCCGAGCAAGGAGUUCUGGCUGGGCAACGAAAAUAUUUACAUGCUGACCAACAACGAAGAGUACAUGCUCCGAGUCGAGCUGGAAGACUUUGAGGGCAACAAGAGGUACGCGCAAUACUCGCACUUUAAAAUUUACUCCGAAGCCGAGUAUUACAAACUGGAAAUCGACGGCUACGAAGGCAACGGCGGCGACUCUCUGAACGACCCCUGGUACGGAAGCAACAACAGUCCCUUCUCGACGUACAACAAAGACAAUGACAGAUCAAGUCUGAACUGCGCGUCGAUGCUCAAAGGAGGUUGGUGGUGGAAGUCGUGUGGAAGAGGCCUCAACGGCCUCUACCUCAAUGACCCGCAAGACCUCACAGCCAGACAAGGUAUUGUGUGGUUCAGGUGGAGAGGCUGGGACUAUACAUUAAAGAGAGCAAGUAUGAUGAUCAAGCCCAAAGGUGCAGUCACAUCCCCUUGAACGACAACAAAUCGCUGCCUCAGAUAAUCGUACUAUUAGUUACGCAAAGCACUUCGCAUCACCUCACAAACAACGACGAAUUUAAUGAUUAGUUUCAUCCCCGUUACCGACACAUCAUCCACUAACUCCUAUCUCAUCGAUUUUUAUUUCCUUUCUCUCGACUUUUAUUGAGCACCAGCCACAGAAAACCAAUUUUCGUCUAAAAAUUGAAUUCCAAAUUCUUGAGGCACUUCAGUUUUUCUGCUGAGCGAAAAGAAAUGAUACAAUUCGUUGGCUCUGGACGGAGCCAGCCAUCCUAGAGGCUAUGAGAACCUACUCUAAUUUCUUCGUUAACACCGCAUCCAAGACAAGAGCUCUCUUCUUAAUUUUAUUAGAGACUAACCUUUAAAGUGGCUAGUGAGACAAUUUGUGAAAAUGGGCGUUUAUUACACAUUUUAUUGCGUUUCGACACCCGUAAUAUGUAAACGUAUAUUUGUAAUGAAACACUAAAUAUUAUUCUAUUUAUGCAUUCUCCGCGCAUCUUAACACGUAGGUGUGAAAAGCAAACACGUAGCCGCAGCCGACAAACGCAAUUUCAUCGACGCAUCGGAUUUGAUUGGAGUUAAUCUCAAUUAACACCAUGUGCCUUUAAAUGAAUGAAUUUAUGUACAAUAUAAUUUAAGUUUCAUCCCCAGCCCUACGUGUUUGUUACCAGUUUCAACUUCAUCAUCAUCAUCCCAGUAAUUUUAGGCUAAUUUUAGAAUUAAACCUGGAGGAUAACGUUUUUCAUUGUAUUUUUCGACGCGCCGGAAAACAUGACUUUUGGGGUGUGAAUUUACAAAGCGAUUCUGACAAUUAAGUGCUGAGUGCUCCUCGAAAGAAUAGGACGCCGCGUCUUCCCGAGUUUAUAAAUCAAGUGGUGACGGUCUACGAAUUGCGAUUUUACCACCAUCGAUCAAAUUUCCACUUUUGACUGCGUCCCAAACGGCAAACAUUUGACUCGAUAAUUUAAAAAAGGCAAACAAACAAAAUUUGCUAUCUGUACUGGUUGUUGUAAAUACGCUGUAUAAAUAAGUUUUUUUUAACAACACGAA